CACCGCCGAGGCUGGGCGCUGUUUCCCGGCCGGACUGGUUUGACCUAGGGCAUUGCCCCGGGGCAGGGCAGCGGCAACCCCAACCCCUGCGCGGCCCGCCCAGGGCACAAGAUGGCGGCGGCCGUGGGGACGCCCGGCGGAGCGGAGGGCCGGGGCGGGCGGCGGGGCGGAGAGGGCUCGGCGGCGAGGCGCUGAAGGAGGCCGCCCGGCCCCUGCCGCCUCGUCACGGGCUCCGGCGGCCCCGCCGCGGCGGGGUGGGGCUGCGGCGGCCGCAGGACCGAGCGGGGCGCGGGGGGGCCCUGCUCGGCGUCCGCCGGCCCCGCGCCCCGGCAGCGGCGAUGAGCGGCGUCGCGGUGCGGGACCUGGAGCUGGAGGAGCGGCUGAGGGAGGCGGCGGCGCUGGGGGACGUGGAGGAGGUGCGGCGGCUGCUGGACGCGGGGGCCGACAUCAACUCCCGCAACGAGAUCAACGGCUGGACAUGCUUGCACUGGGCCUGCAAGCGGAACCAUGCCCAGGUGGUGUCCUGCCUGCUGGCUGCAGGUGCCGACAGGCAGAUCCUCACGGCCCGAGGGGAGCUGGCUGCAGAGCUCACGGCAAAAGCAGACAUCCGGAAGAUGCUGGGAGAGGAAGAAAUGGAAUGUGAAAGAGUGAAGGAUCUGAACUUGCCCCUUGUUGCAAACUACUUAUCCCAGCUGCCCUUCCCCUAUGCUCGCACUGAAGAGACUAUUGGAGGCAGCCUGGUAGUGCCUCAGCUGGAGGGCAGCUCCCUCUGCUCUGCUUCCCCGGGUGAGGGCAGCCCCACAUCGUGCAGCAGCCCAGAAGAUUUUCCAGCAGCCGCAGCCACGGAGCCAAUGUCAGUGCCAGCGGCAGCUGUCACAGCACCGCCCAGCUCGCCUCCCAGCCCGUGUCCACCCCACAGCACCAGCCCGUGUCCGCCAGCAGCAGCCGGGCAGGCGGCUCCGCUGCACCCCAGCAGCUCGCCCUCAGCUCCUGCUGCGGCGUUCCAGCCUCUCUUCUUCACGGGAACGAUCCCAUGUAACAUGCAAGAACUUGUGCUUAAGGUGAGAGUCCAGAACCUCAGAGACAGUGACUUCAUUGAGAUUGAGCUGGAUAGGCAAGAGCUGACCUACAGAGAUCUGCUCCGGGUGAGCUGCUGUGAGCUGGGCAUCAACCCUGAGCAGGUGGAGAAGAUCAGGAAGUUACCCAAUACACUGGUGAGGAAGGAUAAGGACGUGGCCAGGCUGCAGGACUUCCAGGAGCUGGAGCUGGUUCUGCUGAGGAGCACCGCGUCCCCCCUGGCUGGCAGAGCCUGCUACAGCAGCAGCAGCGCCUCCAGGCUGACCUACUGACUGCCCCUGGGACCCUGAAACCUUAAGUUAUUGUUAGGGUUACUAUUUUAACUAAUAGCUUUUUAUAUUUACUAACCCCUCUGCUUUUAUUUUUUUACUUGUUACUGCAUUCAGACCAGGGAUACCUCGUUUGCCUACUGCCCUGCCAUGCUCCCAGUCUGUGCCAGCAGAGGUUGUUGGUUGUGUUCAGCAACAAGGGGCACAGAAGGCUCAACUAUGGAUAGGGAGAGCAGGUUGAGUGCUCCCACUGUGACCAAAGCAGGCUCAUGGAGAAGAGAUCCGUGAGCUUUUCCUGUGGCACUCUGCAAGGUUACACCUUGGGGGGGCUCUUUGUUUUCUUUUGUACAGAGCACUGCAGUGCUGACCUUUGCACCACAGAGCUUUCCAGGGCACUGGUGGGUGGAGGGGCAAGGGAGGAGUUUUUUCUGGACAUGAGCUGCUGCUUUUUUCCCCCACUAGCAUUGAUUUUUCCUUCCAUCCCUGCCGGGCUGCACUAGAGCAGAGUGCAUCAGCUGUGCACAAUCUGUUGUUGAUGCUGACAUACAGACUGUCAACAGCUCCCCUCCCAGGGGCUCUGUUGGGCAAGGUCAGGACAGAAACCCUCCUGAGAGCAGAGGGGACACUUGGCUCUGGUGCCAGCCUUUCACCAAGUUACUCAGGCUGUAAACUCCUGCUCAGUGCCCUGAAACCAAGGAUCAGCCUUUCUCCAGAUUGUAACACACCCUGCUAAGUCCCCUCCAUCCCAGCCCUGCCCUGCUCAGAGCUCCUGGGCAGCUCAGGACUGUGACAGUAUGAAGUAAAACUUCCUGACUAGGGCUCCUGCUUUGUUUUUCUUGUAGGACAGGGAAAGAGUUUCCAGUUUAACAACUCUGCUUAUCUGCUCAACAUAGCUUGGCAGCUAGUCCAGAGGAUGUGCAAUAACUGUUUGAGAAACAGUAGUUAGAUGGCUCACAAGGACCUAAUAUCUUGUCAGUUCCCUUGUUCAGGAAAUGGGUGCAAAGUUCAGAAAGCUUUCUUUGCUCAUUUCCACCAAUAACCACUCACUGUUCAAUCUUGAGCUGGCUCUACUAAGUCUAUGCAUUCAAAGAACUAUUUUUGUAUGUUUUAUGCAGUUUGAUAAACUCCAAGGCACAGCAGUGAUGGUACCUGGGUUUUGCUGGGUUUGUUUUCCUUGAACAAUGUUAUGACAACUAAGUUUACAAAACUUGCUGUUCUUCCAAGGACAACUUUUGUUUGCACUACAAACUUGAACUGAACUGACACUGCUACUCCUCACUUACCUAAAUUAAAGUAUCUGUUGUUUGAAGUGCCUGAUCUCUUCCUCUCUGGGGUCAGGAUGGUGCACAGUACUCCAGGGGGCAGGGUGCUCUGCAGCUGAACACACCUUGGACAAAUCACAGGCCAGGGCAUUUUUAACACCUUACAAAGGACUGCCAGGCUCAAAACCAGUAGAGAGAAAGCAGGGAGGAGAAAGCUGCUUGCUUUCUGCUCAGCAUUCCUAGAUCUGAGAUGAUUCUUACCUUGGCUUUGAGCUGGGGACACUUCAUACCACUGUCUCAGUUGUGGAGAUCCCUGUUACAGUCAGCUCUGAAGGUAGCUACCAGAAAGGCACCAUGGUUCCUGCGCUCUGAAAGACUCAACUUCUCUGCACCAAAGACAUGUCUAAGCACCACUAUCAGACAUAUCAGAAUUUGGAUCCCAGUUCAACUUCUUACAAGCUGCCUCAUUUUAUCAUCUAUGCCUCUGCAAGGUAAGGGAGGGAAGAUGCCAGCCCUGUAACAGAUCUGUGCCACAGAAGGUGCAAGGUGAGCUCCCUGUAUUGAGCGCACACAGACUGCCCCUGCUCCUGCACCGCUGGGCACUGCAAGGAGAAGGCUUGGACUCUCCAGCCCUGCCUGCUCUAUGAAGGCCCAAGGCCUGCAUUGCUCUGGUGGGAUUUGUACAAUUCCUUACCCAGCUGCAGCAGCAGCCAGAUGUUAGGGGACACCAUCCAACAGCUGCCUAACUGCUGAGAAAGUCAACCUGAAAUACUGAUGGCACCACAAACCCAGCCCCACAAACACCACAGAAGAACUAAGCAUCCAGAUGAAUGGACUGAGCUUGAAGACAGGAGUCAUUUAUUAGGAAAGAAACUCAGGUCUUGUUAAACGUUCAAUGACAGAGACAAAUCACAUUUGUAACAGAAAUUCAGAUACUUUAUUUCCAUUUCUGGUAUACCAAGAGGCUAGGAAUAGCUUAGUUGUAAAAAUGGGAAUUCAUUUUUAGUUCGAUUCACACAAAUACUAAACAUUUAUUCUUGUGUUUUAAAGUCCAAGAAUGAAAACUUGCAAUUAAAACACUGAGCAAGCCAUGUGUUCAGGUUAUGUUGGUUUCUUAUCUUAAAAAGUCUCAAA